AUGUCUACAAUUCAAUUUCGUGAAACCAUUCUUGAAUGUCUUGCAGAAGCUCAAUCCGAUGAAAAUAACCAAAAAUCCCUGCAAACUUUAGCCACAAUCACAAAAGUUAGCCCACAAAAUAGGAAUUUGCUGGCACAAACAAAUGGUGCAAUCCCUGCACUUCUCCAACUAUCCGAGUCAUCAAUCCCGAAUAUCCAAAUGCUGUCACUAUCUAUACUCUUCAACAUGUCCCUUAACCCGAAUCUCAAACUCUCUCUAGCAGAUAUGGGGAUUAUUUUCUAUCUCAACUCUGUAAUUCUAUCCCCCAGCUCGACGGAAAUCAGCAAACUAGCAGCCUCUUUGCUGUGCAGCCUGGCAAUGUUGGACAAGAACAAGGCGAAGUUUGGCGUGGCUGGCACUGUUCAGGCUUUGGUGAAAGCAAUUUCGAGGCCCAAUAAUCCUGCAGCUCAUCACUUGCUUAGCACAUUGGCCGAGCUCGUGCAGUUCCAUGGGAAUUGCACGGUGGCAGUACAGUCAGGAGCAGUUCCGGUGCUGAUCCAAGCAGCAGAAAGCACUGAAGGCGAGGGUCUUGCGGGAGCUUCCUUGGCAAUCCUAGGAUUACUCGCCAGGUUCGAUGAAGGAUUAACGUCCUUAAGGGAAACAGACGAAAUUGUAAGAAAAAUGUUGGAAUUUUUAAAAGAGAAGUGCAUGUUGAGUAAGGAGGGGGCUGCAGAAAUUCUUCUGAGGUUGUUUGAUGACAGUGAAGGGUGCCUGAGAGAAGCUUUAAGGCUGCCAGAAUUUUCGUCUGUGCUGGCUGAUAUUUCAGUGAGAGGUUCAGGAAAAGCUCGAGAAAAGGCUGGUUUACUGAUGAAAAAGAUCAUGGAAGCUAGCUAUAAUUCACCUGUAGAUGGAGAUUCUAUGUUUCUCCAAUGGUAA